CAACCAUGUCUGCUAGGAACACUAUUGUCAAAUUAAUUGUUGGUGCCGGUCAAGCUGCUCCAUCCCCGCCAGUCGGUCCAGCUUUGGGUUCCAAGGGUGUCAAGGCCAUUGACUUCUGUAAGGAAUUCAACGCCAGAACCGGUAACUUGAACCCAGGCACCCCAUGUCCGGUUCUCAUCACCAUCAAGCCAGACAGAACCUUCGCUUUUGAGCUCAAGUCCCCACCUACCGGCUGGUUGUUGAUGCAGGCGGCUGGAAUCAAGCAGGGCUCCGGUAACGCUGGUAAGAUGAACGCGCCCGUCGGCGAGGUUUCCGUCAAGCACAUCUACGAAAUCGCCAAGAUCAAGAAGACCGACGAAAGACACAAGAACUUGGAGUUGGAAGGUAUCUGCAAGUCCGUCUGCGGUGUCGCCCAGUCCAUGGGUAUCAAGGUUGUUCUCUAAGCCUCCUACAUCCAUUCAGACAUCUAAAAAGUUGAGCUUUUUGGGGGUCGUCCAAACAGCAGGGGAAUUCACUUGCACUGUAUAUAGAAAACUAAUAUAUGAUAAGCAUAUUUAAU